AGAGUUUACGGUUGCGCAGUCGAUUGCAUUGUAUCAAACAAGUUUUUAGGACGCAGGGAGAAGAUAAUUAAGUCGCGUGGGGCACCAGACAUUUAAUCGCUCUCCGCUGCAAACAAGAACACUGUCUGUAAGCUUCAACUUAGGAUUUAUAUUUUCGGUGGCUUAAGCGCCGCCGGCCUGCGCCGCACUUCUUUAAGGACGCGUGGGCCGCCAUGCGUGUCGAAAAGUGCUGGUUCUGCUCCUCCUCAAUAUAUCCUGGUCACGGCAUUACAUUUGUGCGCAAUGAUGCGACCGUGUUUCGAUUCUGUCGGGGCAAAUGCCACAAGAAUUUUAAGAUGAAGCGCAACCCAAGGAAGGUGCGCUGGACGAAGGCAUACCGCAAACUGGCUGGUAAGGAGCUGGCGGAGGAUGCCACCUUUGAAAUGGAGAAGCGGCGCAACCGGCCUGAAAAGUACAACCGUGAGUUGGUUGGCAAGACGCUCAAGGCGAUCGAGAAGGUCACGGAGAUUAGGCAGAAGCGCCAGGACCGCUUCUACGAGAAGCGCAUGCAGCGCGCAAAGAAGCAGCAGCUGCAGGCUGACAAGGUGCAGCUUGAGAAGGAAAUUCACCUCAUCAAGGCUCCUGCUGGCAUCCGAGCCGAAAAGGAGAAGCUCAAGGAGUCGCUGCGGCAGCACACGGAGGCGAACCAAGAUGCGAUGGAGGAGUGAAGGGGGAUGUUCUUAUAGCGCAGGUGUCAGGUGGCGAUGGCUUCGAGCCGUCAGGCAUAGCAUGGAGCACUAUGUCUGCGGUGGUGC